AUGUACUUAACAAAGCAAAUGUCUCAUUAUGCAUAUAUCUUUUCAGUUGCUGCCAAUGGGAAUUUUCCAGGAGUCGAACCUAAACGACAAAGAACGGCUUAUACUCGACAUCAGAUUCUCGAACUCGAGAAAGAGUUCCACUUCAAUAGAUACCUAACUCGUCGGCGAAGAAUAGAGAUCGCACAUGCACUUUGUCUUUCCGAAAGACAGAUCAAAAUAUGGUUCCAGAACCGACGGAUGAAGUGGAAGAAGGAUAAUAAACUUCCUAACACGAAGAACGUCAAGAAGAAAAACCCAAACAACGCCAACAACACAAAUAAUAACAACAACAAUAGUAAUAAUAAUAACAAUAAUAAUAAUGCCAACAACAACAAUAACAACAACAAUAAUCCGGACCAGCAAAAUGCGAACAGAAUAUCCAACCCUCAGUCUCAGCCACCAACACUACAACCUGUGGUUCAACCUCCUCAACCACCACAUCAUAUGGUUGGUCCAUCUCCUCAUUCCCAACCAAACUCCUUAGUGGUGGAUACAAAGACGGAUUAUGGACUUACAGAACUGUGAUGUUAAAAUGUAAAGUCCUCUUUUUUUUGUGUGUUCGUAACUAUUUCUCACAUUCCAGAACAAUGUAAAAAUGUAUGUAAAAGAUAUUAUGCCUCUUCAGGUAGUUUCUACUGGACUGAACCCAGUGAAAUUUGACUACAGGACACCGUUGGUGCAUGUGAAUUAUUUAACAUUAGAAUUCACAUGGGAUUGUGAAGUCAUCAUGCCUUAAAGUAGAUCGAGAGAUUUAGUAUCCAAACUGAAAGAAAUCAACCUGUUUGGAGGAGAAAGCGUGGUGUGAAAAUGCAUCUCGGAGGUUUCAUUACUUUCAGCGGCUGCCGUUCAUUCAGAUUUCUGAAUGAAAUUAUGCUUUUAUUUGACUCAAACUGAAUCAAGCUUUAAUCUCUAACUGCAGUUUAACCGCAAUUCCAAAUAUUAGUGCAAUAACAUCGGCUCUGAGCUGAUAUUUUCUAGAAGUAAUAAUCGAAAGCAGAGUUAAAGCUUGUGAAGGUUUACUGUGAAUUCAUGUUCUUGUUUCCGUCAAUACUUGUAUAUGAAUUACUAUGAAAAUUACUUAGUAAAUUUAAUGAAUUCUUAAAGUUAUCAGCAUCAGGCAAAAACAGCACUUUGAACUAAAGAUUUCACAAUUUUCUGAAGUGGUCUUCUUUAGUAGUCUAGGAUCUUAGCAAAUAAAAGUAAAUACACAUUCGUCUAUUUCUUUUUUUGAAAUAAAGGAAUAUUUGGUUGAAUGUAACGAAACAUCUUUUCGUAGAAAAAAAGAACUGUUUGUAAACAUUUUUUUUUUAAAUAUAUGUAUUUUGAACCAUUUGUUAUUCAUACUAUCGUACUAGACGCUGAGUAAACUAAACAAUUUAAAUAACAUAAGAAAUGAACGAAAUGCUUUAGCUGAUAACAAAAGUUGUAAAUAUGUUAAAAAAUUAAAAUCCAUGGAAAUGAAAGCAAGUUAUUAUUAUUAAUACUGCCCAAAUAUCGGCAGGAGAAAUAAGCAAAAAUGCUUGAAAAAUUAAUUCUAUAAUUAAUAAUGUUAGAAUUUUAAACAGAAAAUUGUCAUGAAUACUAUAAUAAACUGUUAUUAUUUUAACUUUCGACCAGGCGAUGCUCUUAGAUUGUCGGUACUCUGAGAAAGAGGAUUCGUGAUGCACUUUUCCAGCUGCUACAUUAAAUUAACCUUGAACUUAAUUACAUGAUUGGGGACGGAAACUGCUGUGAAUGACGAGUCGUUCUUCUUCAGCUUCCGUACCUUUCUGACGUAACAGGAAAUAGACAAAGAAAUUCCAAUCAUGCUGCCUGUCAGUUGUAUUAUUAUAUGAAUUAUUAUUCUCGAAAGCAUUUAUGUACAGAGAUAAGAUAUAUAUAAGCUAAUGCAUAUUCAAAAUUUUUUGAAAAGUUAAUAAAGAAUGUAUUGAACUCCAAAUUUAUUGUAUUUUAGUUUAAAACUGCAUAGUCAUAGUGCCUAGUCUGCGUCUAAGUUAUAAGAAAGUCAUUAAGCAAUACUAAACCAUAAUUAUUCUGUUUACUUUAAAUUUCUAUAUUUACUUUCAAAAAAUAAAAAUAAAAAUUCUCAUUGUGAUUAAAACAUUAAAAAAUUUGACAAAGUGAAUUGUAAAAUUGAUUUUAGGAACAGAAUUGGUCUUCUGCAAUAAUAUCUAUCAAUAUAAAUUCUAUAAAAUUUAUGCUGAGUUCAAUUGCCUAUAAAGUGAAUGCUCAAAUGACCCACUGAAAUAUUUUAACAGUAAACUUCUGAGAUGCAUUUUAUCACAAGACGAAAUGAGAAAUGUUCUGAGUGCAUACACGUAGUUUGCUCGUUUCGGAUUAUUUCAAUGAACUGAAACUGAAAAUGUCAACUGCCUAUUUCAUCUAGAUGUGUACAGUAUAUCCCUUUUUACGUCCACUGGUACUGAAAAGAAGACUGUGCGUUCAUCUGCACGAGGAUUAGGAAAAGCAGACUAAGGAAAAAGCACUUGUUUUAUUUAUGUAUUUAUCAUAUUGUAAAAUGGAUUCUACUUAAAAAGUGUAUAAAAGGAGGUGUUGCUUUCAAUUGUUAGUUCUGAAAGUAGAUUUGAGAAGUGAUUUUUUUCGUUGUUUUUAAACAGCAGUGUCAGACUCCUGCGUCUCAGAGUGAUAAAAAACUAUCUUCAUAUAUUUCAGUGAAAUAUUGCAAAACAAAUUGCAAAAAAAUGUGUUGUUUAAGGUAUGUGUCAUUUCAGAAGGGUGUUAUUAAAUGUUCUUUGGUUAUUUUUAAGGGUGUAGCAUGUUUAAAACAUGGCACUUCCAAGUUGCCACUCGAUGAACAAGGUACAAAGUCACAUAUUUUCUUUAAAUAUUAUAAAAGGUUCCUUUAUCCUCAGUUUGGAAAAAACGAGUUUAGUAAUUUUGAAUCAUAUGUUUUACAAUAACUUCAUUAUCGACUUUAUUCAACUUCAUUAUCGACUUCAUUUUCUUAGUAUUUGUGCUACUAUAAUAACUUCUGAUUUAGAAUGAAAGUGUACUCAGCUUAAAAAACAAUCUCAGGGGGCUUUCUAACUGUGUAUACUCUGUAGUGAUUGUUGUACCUGCUGAGCAGAGAAUUAUUUUUAAUGUGCAUUUUUUUUCCCUGAAAAUUUUUAUGUUUACAUUUCACUUUUCAUUUUUUGUUAUGUAAAAUAUUUGCAUUUUAAAUGUAGUGAUGGUAAAAUACUCGAGUGCGUUUAACAUUUCAUAAAGUAGCCUUUUACUUUCUUUUUCGCAUAGUCUUAUAUCAUUAGAAAAAAAAAAAAAUUUAUGCUUCCUAGAAGGUAAUUUUAGAAAACGCGCAAUCUGCUGACAUAAAACUACGUGCAUUUUAAUUAAAAUUUUAUCAAAUGAAAGAUGCUGUCAAAUUAAGAAAAAACGAAACUUGAAUAAGACAUAAACGAAUAAAACAGCAAUAAGUCAUUUAAUAAAAUAGUGCAAUCAAUGUGAACACAAUUUUUAUACUAUUCUGGGCUUAAAUAUUCAACUGCAAAAAAAAAAAAAAAAAAAAAAAAAAAAAAAAUCAUUCCGAAUUGCAUUAUAUUAUAUCAUUUUACAGUGAUAGCAAACAUUAUUGGUAAUUGAUUUAUUAUAAUGGUAGAAGCUGAGGUGAAAAAUCUGAAGCUUAACACUCCAAUUGAAGAAAUAAAAAUUCUCUCUAUUCUAUAACAUUUGUCAGAAUCAUUGAAACGAAUCUAGUUUUCUAAGGUAAUUGAAUUCUACAGUUUGUACAAGGUGAUCGGCUACAGCUGCACAUACUGCAAAAUACAUUCGGAAUGACAUAUUGAGUAAUACUUGUGAAAAGUCAGCCCAUAAGGUAGUUAAGUGCCGUCUAAUUGCAUGGUGACAUUUUCUUAUUGUUCCCAAUCGAAAGCAAUGCUGGAGACGAUAGCUUCGCCUUUUUUUGUUUCGGUACGGAAAAGGAAAAUUGAAUUGAAAAAUCUGUGAAAGCGCUUCAUAAGGACGCGACAAGCCAGUGACAAUGUUGCUCCCUAUAAGAAAAAUGGUCUCCCCACGGCGCGAUUCGAUCGGCUUGAAAACCUUCAACGAUUCCUUUAUGGAAAGCUGGUGAAGGCAUAGAGGGUAGUGAGAAGGGGCGAGAAAAUGAUGGGAGUUUAAACUGCGCCAGUGUCUGACAUGAACCUUAACUGGAUGAUGGAAGUUCCCUGGAAGGUUGCCAACAUCCCAGUUGCAACCAUCCGUUCCCUCUUGAAGACACGGCGUCGCGGCGUCCUUGUCUCAGAGCCGCUAAUGUCUCGCUUUGUGAAUUGCACAAAUGACGUCAGCGAGAUUUAUUCGCUCAGUUUCAGAUUAAGACAACUUGCUGGUGGAAAAUUUAAUUUUUCGCACUCUUUCAAACUUUCAGCUCCCCCUUUUUUUACACUUAAAUAGUAGAUAAAACUUAUUUAAUUAUUAUCGUUCACAAUAUUUACACAAAAUCUCGAUAACCUGUAAGGCCAUUUUUAAUUUAGGCAAAAUCAGAAAAUAAAAACUUAGAUAAAUAGUAACAUAAGAAUACGGUACAUCUAAAAUUUUAUUAAGUAAAAUGUCUAACUUACCAAUGCUUAAAGUUUCUAAAAAAAGAAACCCUUAAUGUGUUGGACCCGGCAGUGGGUAUUUAAAAUUUUUGUAUGCCUCAAAACUCAAGAUUUGGCCUUAAAUUUCAAACCUCUAAAAACAAUAUAUUGUUAUAAUCUUGAAUAUAAAUACAAAAGUAACCUAUUUAAUGAAUUGUUAUAUAAGUGAAUUAUCAUUUUUCGUAGCAUUAUUUAAUUAAAAAAAUAAUUUCCAAAAAAAUUCCUUAAUUUUCAAAAUAUUUCAGAUAGAAGUAGCAUAUGAGGCUAUCUAGUAUAUAUCUAAUUUCAGAUAGAAUGAGUAAUUGAGUUGAAAUUUUUUAUAUUUAAAAAAAAAAACUGAUAUUCAUGCGGUACUUUUUAAUUAACAACGGGAAGGAAACAUUAGCCAUCUAUAAAUAAUUAUUUUUUCAUUCAGAUAAAUUUCUUGAAUGACAUUCAAUUUCAGAAUUUAGUAGUAUGUUAGAUCUUUUAAAGAUUCCAAUAUCUAGUAAUAAUUAAAAGAAAAAAAAUCAUUUAAUUUAUUACAGAUUCAGCAUUUUAUGUGUCGCAAUUAAGUACCUGUUUCAUCAUAUCAAUAUACUAUGAUUACAAUAAAGUAUUUUAAAUUUUAAAAAAAUGUCAUAUUUCGAGUAGUUGAAAUACUAAAAGGUUAGUGCUUUAAUUAAAUCUUAAUUUUUCCCCUAUACAUUCAUGUGCGGUAAAUGUUUUCAUACGUUUUAAAAGCAAUAGUUCUCUCUCUCAACUUUAAAUUCAAGUGGCAAAUAUAUUCUGCCAGUUUCCCGAAGAAGCGAAGGAAAGAGGAAAGUGUUAAGUAAACCUAAAGGAAAGAUGUUAAGCAAUUAUUUACGCAACCAAAUCAGAUCUCCUGAUCUGAUGCAUCAUUAGCAAUCAUUAGCACUCCAAAGAAGACUGUGAUAGUGCCUUUAUUUAUACUUAUCACGCAAGAUAUUUUCUCUAUAAAAGCUCAGUUAUUGCUAUUACAAAAUUAAUGUUUCAAAAAAUUAGUAGCGAUUCUGAUUAUAUAGCCUCUUUAUCUGUUUUUUCUUGCAUUAAAUGCUAUGAGCACAUGAUUCUGUUUUUAAUUUCAAGCAAAAGCGAACGCUGGACACCUUCACUGCUUAAAGAUUCAAAGCGUGUAGUGAAACUUUGGUUGGUCUUUCUCUGCUCAGAGCAUUUCGCAAAUUUCAUCAAUCAAAUCCUUAGUUAUCUGAUCGUGUCCGCAUCAGAUGUUAUCGCUUCCCUUCCACUUGCGCUGACAACAAACACGAAAAAACUGCCCUAUCCAUUGUAAAAUUACUUUUCCACAUGUAAGGACUUCUCUGCUUUAAAUUUCAACAAUAGACUUCCAUUCAAUCAUUCUGGUCAAACUUUACAGUAAGAAAAUGGAUUAAACAGAUGAAAAGAUUGACUUAUAGAAUACUAAAUAAUCAUUCAGCUCAUGCAAUAUUUUAUCUUAAUUCUUUUCCUUAUAUUAUAAAUUAUCUUGAAAAUCAUAGAAAAUGAAAUAUGAGCAUUAUGUAAAAGAUAUUUUAGAAAAGAUUUAAAAUUUACAUUUCCAGCUAGAUUUCUGCCAAGUUCCUUUCAUAAACAAAUUAAAAGUAUACUUAAACUUUUUUGUUUUUUUUCAGUUUCACUAAAAAAAAAAAAAAAAAAAAAAAAAAAAAAAAAAAAUGUGUAACGGAAGGAAGAAGACAAAAAGGAAAUUUAAAGAAUUUUUUUUUCCGUGAGUGGUCUUUAAUGGUGUUAAGAUUUUAAGACAAAUAAAGCAAAAAAAUUGUUUAAAAUCGGCUUAUUGAAUACACUACAUGAAUAUCUUACUCGAAUACACAUAUGUUCCAAACGUUUUAUGAAAAUUUUAUUAAUAAAUUCAAAAAUGAAUAGAUUAACACUGGUCAGGUUCUAUUACUGAUCAAAUUUAUUAUAAAGGGGAUUUUUUUAUAUUUAAUGUGAUCAUUUAUUACUUUAAGAUUUGAAACAAAAUCUUAAAAUAUCAGUAAAUUCUGACCUAAAUCGUAUGUUAAAAUAUUAAGGAAAACAUGCAGAAGAAUAUCAAUAAUAUAAAUACUGCAUUUUUUUUUUUUCUUCUAUUUUGGUUCUAAUCUAAAUAUACUUCUCCGGUCAUAAUAUGUAACAACAUGCAAGAUAGGAAAGCAUAGUUACAGAGUCUAACUUUGUUGCAUUCUAUUUAAGGCCAUUAUUCUGUUGAACACUCAAAGCAAAUUAAAGUUAAAAUUUGAAUGAAAUAUAAUAAUAAUAUACACAUAAUAAUAAUACUGUUAUUUUUGUCUUUUAUUGCUAAUGCAACAAUUUCCUUUUCCUCAGACAACUAAAAAAUUUUAAUUUCAAGUACUUUUUUUUUUUUUUUUUUUUUUAAUACUUAAGCUACCGAGGGAACUGUCAAACGCACUCAUAUUCGUUAAACCAGUGAAACUGUGUUUCCUUUUGCAUUUGUUUUUAAAUGCAUCAAAAAACACAUAAUGCCACGUCCAAACUGAAAACCAAACUUAGCCAAUUGUACAUGCUUGUCUUUCCCAAAUACGAAUAUACUUCAUACAUUUUAAAGAAAGAUUUAUAAAAUAGAAUCUAUUGCAUUAGGUUUUAAAACCUCAGUCAUGUUUUAAGUUUUAAAUGAUUUCGAUUCAUUUAUUGAAGUGUUAUGCACUCUAGUGUUGCACGUCAGUCUCCUGCCAUUAAACGAAUUAUGAAAUCAAGAGUAUGAUGUUUUAAUAUUAAAAUAAAUAUUAGCAAGUUCUAUGUAUAGAAUCAUUUCAGUGUUUUAUUAAUUGAUAUUAACUGUUCGUAUUCUGGCUUUAUGCUGUUGUUUUCAUUAGCGAAAAUACUUACAUGUGAAGUCCAUGAACCUUUUAUGUUGUAAAAAGAAGCUGACAAAGCAAACCAUCUGUUGUUAAAAUCUGAAUGUUCACCACGACUAAAUAUAUUUAUGUUUGUGAUUUUGAGGUAUUUUCUUGUGACUCAAUUAAUACUGCUCAGUUUUUCAUUUGUUUUCAGCAAUGUAUGUGUAAUUUAAGUGCGUUUUAUUACGUUGUCAAAGAAUUAUGUUAUUGUUGUUGACUUUCCUGUGAAGUUGAAUUUGUUGUUCCCGUUUUUAUGAUUUUAUUUAAGAAACUGCAAAACUACCAUUCCAUGGGAAAAAAAAAAUAAAUAAAUAAAUCUUAAAAUUUUGUUCUUUAAAGACAAAAGGGGAUCAUUAAUUAGGCAUUUCUGAAAGCUGUUAGUUUUGAAAAUCAGAAAAGCCAUUGUGAUAAUUAAUUACUGAUUGCAUAUAUAUAUAUAACAGUCAGUUCAGAUAAAUUCAGUACUUGCUAUGCUGUAAAUUUACAUCAAAGCUGAUCCUCCUACCGUGAAAGUUUUCAAGCGUAAAAUUUCCCUAAAUGUAUGUUGUUAUAAUAUAGAAAAGGGAUUUUGUUUCAUCUUCUGAAGCAAUUAUCAAUGGUGUAAAACAUUUUUAUAUUUUGCACCUAUCAUGUAUUUUGUAUAUUAGAUAACACACGGUGCAAAGACUGUGAUCUUACAAAGCCAGUAAAACUUUACUUAGGUGUUUAUUGCAAGUGAGCCCAAUCCUGUAAUCAAGGAAUUUAAAACCUAACAAGGGAAAAAAAUAAAUAAAAAACAGUUAACUUAAACUUUAUUAAAACUGAAAUAUGUUGUUUCAUUAAUCAAAUAUUAUAAAAACAAAAGAGGUUGUGGAUAAUGCAUAUUUUAUGUCACUUAUUUUUAAAUAUCCAGUUUUUUGUUUGAUUGUUGUUUUAAAACAUCCGAAUUAAAUGCAAUGAAUGCAUCGAAAGUUUACGUACUGAGUUCUGAAUGAAUAAACUAAACAUCUAUCAAGU